AUUCAGCUCCUCCCCUAAAUGAAAAACAGAAGAGAAAGUCUCAGAUUUCUUGACUUCCUCUUUCCACCCUCAACAUUGUUUUCCCGUUAUCUUCCACAGUCCUUCUCUGCACGAAGACCUAAAACAAGACUGGAAAUGGAGGGCGCUGAGCCAACAGCCAAACAGAGAACAACAGGACUUGAUGAGAAUCAGGCGGCCAACAACACAGUUGUGAUGUGCAGCAAGCCCCUGCAUCGCUUUGUCCAGAAAGAGCCCAGAAGUCUUGGGAUUGCCAUUAUGAUUUUCGGCUUUGCAGAGCUGCUGAUGGGACUUCAGCUGGUCAGUGAGACUGUGGAAACCUCCAGUCAGAUCUACAUAUCCUUCUGGCAGGGAGCUCUGUUUGUUCUGUGUGGAAAUCUUUCCAUCUACACUGAGAUCCAUCCCUCCAAGAAGAUGGUGACUGUGUGUUUGGCCAUGUAUGUGGUUUCGCUCAUCGGAACCAUAGUUUCGGUUGGGUACAGGAUAGCAUGCUUUGCCUUUUUUGCCUACCUCAGAGGCCAAAGAAUGGCGCAUGACUGGGCCUAUGUCAGAUUGGACCAGCUAAUAUGUGUUGAAGGUUUACUGUUCACAUCCUCCCUGUGUGUGGCAGUGCUUCUCAUCUUCCUGAGUACCACUGCACGUUUAGCACUGAAAUCCACACACUCUCAGCAGGUUGUUGUGCAGUGGAACCCAGCGCCAGCGCAGACUGACGCCGCUUCGAACUAACACCAGUCAUUUUUCAAUUCUUCCUCUCGAGUAUGUAACACUGUUUUCCUAAAGUUCACCUAAACUUCACGCCUCGGUAUCUUUUAUCUGAGAUCGGCGUCACUGAACCAGAUUUGUUCGGGAACUGAAAAUGAUUUCUGUCAAUUCAUGUGAGAUAAAUAUUUUACGUGCAGGAUUGUGUGUAUUUACUGUGAACCCUAAAAUAAAUCACUUUAUUCAUAUUACUCAUUAUGCCCAUUUAUAACAGGUUCAACUCAAUGUUAUAUCACCUACUCUUUUCACAUAUUUCUUACAGUGAUGUGAGGUAACACUGGUGACGUCUAAUCUUCUAUUUACUUUAAGAUACGUUAGAGUUGGUAUCUUUGUUGUCAGACUCUACAGGAAAUCAAACAUUAAAACAUUUAACCUAAAAAAAAUCGCGAUUUUAUAUUAUGUUGUAGUACUAAGUGUGAAAUGUUCACAUCAUAUAUUAACUGUAAAACUGAGUGUCUUUGUAUGAAGGAGCAGAUGUGGCUCUGUUUCAUUUACAGGGCAGCACAUCCACAUGUGAAUGCCACUUCGGAAUGAUAAAUAAAGAAAGAAUCUUUUUUUUAAACUCACCUUUAAUCUUUUUUCCCACUUUUAAGCUUUGGUAAAUUGCGUUUUUUUUUUAUAUUGUUGUCUGUAAAUGUUUACAUGGUGAAUGAAACAGGAGAUAUGAAGAGCCUACGUGGAAACGUGUCGUCUGUGAAUGUGCGAAAGGAUUUGGGCAGGGAUUGUCGUUCAGCUCUGUCUCUUUAACUUUUGACUUUUUGGUGCAAUUAAUGUCUGUUAUACUUGUGUUGAAUAAAGAAUGAAUAUAUGA